GUAGUCUCUUUGGAAACUUCUGCGGGGGUAAAAGAGCUAGGAAGAGCUGCAAAGCGGUGUGGGGUUUUUCCUCUUUUUUGCUCCUUCUAAUUACCCCCUCCUCCGUUUGCACCCUUCUCCGAGCUUCACGCAGAACCUGCGAAUUUCGAAGAGGUGGUGGCAGAGUGGGAGAAAAGUGGUGUUAGGGUCUUGGAUUUUUUUUUUUUUUUUUUCUUGAUUUCAACAUUUGUCCCCACCCUUCGCGGCUGCAGCCGCCGCCUCCUACCUGUUCCGCUGCAGCAGCGCGGCGCUCGCCGCUGAGGGGUAGAAAGGAGCAGGGUGUACUUUAGAUUUUAAACAAAAUUUUUGAAGACAAACCCAUUUUUGUCCCCCACCCCGUCUUCUCCACGGCCUCCGAGCCCGUUAUUCUGGUGGUUGCUUUGGGGUGAACAAUCUUUGUCUUUUCUCCUUGCAGUUCUGAGCAGGUCCGGCUUGGGGGGUUGUUUCUCCCGCCCCGAUCCCCGUGCGUGUACCUGGCGCUGCUCUUUUCCCCCCAACCUGUUGCAAGUCUUUAAUCCUUGUCACCGGGACUUGCUUGCAGGCACCCCUGCCCUCCAUCUCUCCCCACAUUUUACGAUUGUCUAGGGGAGGGCACCUGCUCUACCUGCCAGAAUUUUUUUUUUUUAAUACAAUUCUCCCGGCGCUCUCCUAGCCCCUUAUCCCCCGCACUCUCGCUCUCCUGCCCCGCCCCAAGGUAAAGGGAGAGAUUCGAAGAUGGUGCUCACCGCGGUCCUCCUGCUGCUGGCCGCCUGUGCGGGGCCCGCCCAGAGCCUGGGCUCCUUCGUGCACUGCGAGCCCUGCGACGAGAAAGCCCUCUCCAUGUGCCCCCCCAGCCCCCUGGGCUGCGAGCUGGUCAAGGAGCCGGGCUGCGGCUGCUGCAUGACUUGCGCCCUGGCCGAGGGGCAGUCGUGCGGCGUCUACACUGAGCGCUGCGCCCAGGGGCUGCGCUGCCUUCCCCGGCAGGACGAGGAGAAACCGCUGCACGCCCUGCUGCACGGCCGCGGGGUUUGCCUCAACGAAAAGAGCUACCGCGAGCAAGUCAAGAUCGAGAGAGACUCCCAGGAGCGUGAGGACCCCACCACCUCUGAGAUGGCAGAGGAGACCUACUCCCCCAAGAUCUUCAGGCCCAAGCACACGCGCAUCUCCGAGCUGAAGGCUGAGGCUGUGAAGAAGGACCGCAGAAAGAAGCUGACCCAGUCCAAGUUUGUGGGAGGAGCCGAGAACACUGCCCACCCCCGGGUUAUCUCUGCACCUGAGAUGAGACAGGAAUCUGAGCAGGGCCCCUGCCGCAGACACAUGGAGGCGUCCCUGCAGGAGCUCAAAGCCAGCCCACGCAUGGUGCCCCGGGCCGUGUACCUGCCCAACUGUGACCGCAAAGGAUUCUACAAGAGAAAGCAGUGCAAGCCUUCCCGUGGCCGCAAACGUGGCAUCUGCUGGUGUGUGGACAAGUAUGGGAUGAAGCUGCCCGGCAUGGAGUAUGUCGACGGAGACUUUCAGUGCCACACCUUCGACAGCAGCAACACUGAGUGAUGCGUCCCCUCCCCCACCCUGUCCUCACCCCAUCCCACCCCCCAGCCCCGACUCCAGCCAGCGCCUCCCUCCACCCCAGGACGCCACUCAUUUCAUCUCAUGUAAGGGAAAAAAAAAAAAUACAUAUAUCUAUCUAUUUGAGGAAACGGAGGACCUCGGAAUCGCUAGCAAGGUCUCAACUUCGAAAAUGGCAACAACAGAGAUGCGAAAAGCUAAGGAGAUCCCCGCCCCCCCAACACCACCCCUGUGAAAUGGUUUUCUUUUUGAAGCAAGUUGAAUGAACAAGGAAGAGAAGAGAGGAAGGGCAAGCGAGAGAAGGGGCGAAGGCAAAUGGGUAGAAGAGAGAGAAAGAUGAACAGAGUUACGGGAAGGGAAAGAAACAUGUGGGCAGGAAAUAAAGAUCGCGGGACUGUGGCUGGAUCCACCUUUCAUGAGCAGCCCUGGCCCAAGUCGGGGAGAUGGUUGGGCACAAGAAAGGGUCGCCCAAGAUGUGGCAUUCGAUGACGCACUUGGGAUUGUCCCAGUUUAGACUGGUCACAGGGGGAGAAGGGAAAAGACAGGCGGUGUCAGUGCCUCGCCUGGAUCUGUCUCCUCCUCCAGCCAGCAUUUUGGGCGGCUCGAACCUCCCUUUCUCUCCUCUCGCCCCCGCAGAGUGUUCUAAACACCCCUCCCCCCAAAUUUAGAAAAACUGAAAUGCAUUCCAUUCCCCUCAAAACAAAACGAAUUAAUAAGCGAGCGAUAUGAGAUAGAUAGGUUUCCCUAAGCAGAUUCUUAAGUAUGGAGUCUAUGUGCAUAUUUCACCCUCCAUGCAGACUUUUAGAAAUCAGUACACACCCCAACUGUGGAAAGACUUGUUUGUCCUGGGUCACUAAAACUACCACUGAAGCGUGUAGUUUCGGCCCCUCAAUGCAUUCAAUUCCCAGCUAGCACAGCCUCUGUGAGGGAGGAUAGGCUGAAAAAAAAAAAAAAC